AUUAGAAAAAAAAUGUAAAUGCAAAGGUUAUUGCCAGUUCGCAGAUGUAAUUUAAAGAAGCAAGAAUGGGUCGUAAAAAUGUGUUGUCUUUAAAAGAAAAAAUAGAAAUUAUUAAUGCUGCGCAUAAAGAAAAUCUAUAUGUUAGGGGUGCUGUGAUUAAAUUUAGUAUUAGCAAAACUCAAGCUGCGGAAGUCUUAAAAAAUAAAGAUGAAUUAAAAUUAAAAUGGUGCUCUGGCGGAAAUUUAAACACCAAACGGAGAUUUAUUGGUUCUAAUGGGUCGCAAAUAGACAAGUUGUGUCUGAAUUGGUUUGCACAAGUAAGAAAUAAAAGAAUUCCAAUAUCAGGGCCAAUUAUAAAAGCAAAAGCCCUUGAAAUCGCACAGCAGUUAGGCGUAACUAAUUUCAAUGCUUCGGAUGGUUGGCUCGAAAAAUGGGAAAAAAGAAACAACAUCAGCUUCAAAAGCAUUCAAGGCGAAGCGGCGUCUGUUAAUUUAAAAGCUCGACCAAUUUUUGCAAAAAAUCCCUACCAUGCUGCUUGGUUAUAAACCAGAAGAUAUCUAUAAUGCUGAUGAAACCAGACCUUGACUUUUAAGGGAGAAACUUGUGUAGGUGGAAAACUAGCCAAAGAACGGCUAACAGUUGUAUUUUGUAUAAACAUGGCUGGCGAAAAGCAGCAGAUGCUAGUCAUUGGUAAAGCUGCCCACCGGCGUGUUUUUAAAAACAUAAAUGUGAAGGAUUUGCCAGCUAUUUGGAAAUCGAAUCG